AGCUGAAUCCAUUUCACUGAGGACACACUGCUCCUAGAGUCCGUCCAGUCCUCGUCUCCUUUCCUCCUGCUGCCAUGGCCAGACGCAAGGCAAAGAAACCUCAAGAAGACGACACCUCCAUAUUGUUGGAGUCAACAGUGUCGCAGUCCAAGAGGAGGAUAAACUCCUAUGUUGCUCCAGCUUUGGUGUUCAUUAUUAUCUUCACAGUCUGUAUAAUGGGGUGGUUUUGUAUACAGCAGCAGUCCAGCCUCGACCAACUGUCAGAGACUUUUACAACAAUGCAGAAGAGAAUCACAAACCUGCAGCAGGUGAUGGAGAUGACGGACUCACAGCUUGACACAGGGUUCGGUUUGGAGGAGAGGAUCUUUGCCCUGGAGGAGGCCCAGAAACAGGCUCAGGAGAAAGCUGAAGUCGCCCUGGCCACGUCAGAGAAGUUAAAGAACUCCGGACACCACUCGCAGCUUUCAGCCCUUCAUGAUGAAAUGGACACUCGACUGACUGAGAUAAAGCAGGUCACCCUGUCUGUCACAGCUCUCCAAGCCAUGUUCAAGAACCAGAGUGAGAAGUUCGAGGCCAUGAAGAAGAGCGUAGUGGCUGGUUUGAGCUCCAGCUCAGCACUGGCUGAAAGUGUUGUUAGGCUGUCCGCUACUGUGUCCAGUGCAUGCUCCAGAAUUGAUAAACAGGUUGCGUCAGUGGAGGCGCUUAAUGCACAAUUAGCAGGACAAGCCUUAGAGCUGAGUGAGCUGAAAGAGUCAAUGCACCUUCAUAAUGUUGCACUUCAUACAAACAACCAGGAGAUGGCUGCAAUAAAGGAGCUUUCUGAAGCUAAGCAGGCCAUGCACGCACAGGCAUUAGAGGAGAUGCUCAGGUCUGUGCAGACGACUCUGGAUGAGCAAUUUUCCACUUCACAGACUACCCACAGCAGCGUCAUGGCUCAGCUGCAGACUUUUCACACCCAGUUGGCGAAUGCUCCUUCCUGGACAGUUAAACGUAAGUCAAAUGAGGAGGACCAAGCAGCAGAAGAGUUAAUCUUCACUACAGCACAGAAUGUCACUGAGGUGCAGGAGAUGAUAGAAGAUGUUGAGGAUGAAGCAGGAGAGGACGCAAAGGAGGAACAGGAGGAGGAGGCCAAGGAGGAGGAGGAGGCUGAGGUGGAGGAGGACGAGGAGGAGGAGGAGGAGGAGGAGCAGGAGUAUGAGGAGGAGGAGGUGGAGGAGGAUGAGGAGGAGGACGAGGAGGAGGCCGAGGAGGAUGAGGAGGAGGAAGAUGAGGAGGAGGACGAGGAGGAGGACAAGGAAGAGGCUGAGGAGGAGGAAGACGAGGAGGAGGAGGAGGAGGAUGAGGACGAGGCUGACGAGGAGGAGGAGGAGGAGGAGGAAGAUGACGAGGAGGAGGAGGAACAGCCACUGGAACAGGAAGUGGAGGGGGGCACUAUAGAGGAGCAGGAAGAUGACACAACUGCAGAAGAGGAGGAAGAAAUUACAGAAGAAGAGCAAGACGAUGAGGAAAUUACAGAACAGAGUGAGGAGCAGGAGGUGGAUGAAAGUGAGGAGGACGGGUAGUUGUAGUUGAAACACUCCAGAAGAUUGAACAUUGAUUGAAGAUUUAACAGUUAGCUGAGGAGAUUGUGAUUUUUAAGUCUUAUUGAAGAUGAAUGGGAACCAUUUUUACAUGCAGCACAUUUUCUCACAAAGUGAUUUGUAAUAUUUGUUUUAUUCUUUUGGGUUUGGUUGUCUGACGCAUAGGCCACAUCCACACUAAUAUGUAUUCAUUUUAAAUUUUGGCACAUUUUCAAAAUUAAUCUCCGCCUAUAGUAAUACGCCAGAAAACACAUGACCAUUCAAGUACCUGCAUGCGCGUACCUGUGUAAACAUUAAGCAGACUGUCUACAGAUAUGGCAGAGAGUAAAACCAGAGAUUUCUUUGCUUGAACCAACAACGAGGUCCAGGGGUUACUGAAAGUUACACAUAAGUACAAGGCAGUCUUUGCAAAGCAAACAGCCUACAGCAACAUAUUAGAACGGUACAAGGAUUAUUAUCCACCACCGCAGGACGCCAUGGCGAUACGAAAGGAGAGCCCACACAAGAGGGAUUAAAGAGUAAAAGGUAUGUAGACCUAGCUGUAAUGUUUUGGCUUGAUCCACCGUGACUGAUAAGACCCAAUCAGGAAGCGUGUGGGUGUCUGCCUCAUCAUUUUAAAGUCAGAUUAAAAUAUAUCCCCAGAGUUUGAAAACUAAAGUGUGGUCAGCAGCGUUUUCAAAGGUCUUUGUUUUAGAGAUUCCAAAAGGCUAAAGGAGUUCAGGCGCUAGGCAUCAACGUACAAUAGAGACAGAGCGCAGGUGCCUCCUUGACAUUAAAGCCUUCAAGCAAACAACAGAAAAAUGCCUAAAAGCCACUGUGUGAUUGGAUGGACUACCAACAUGGUAAAGAACCAAAUAAGUUUGUAUCAUCUGCCAAACUAAAAAACUGAGUCUCCAAGAAGACAAAAGUGGAUACAGGCAUGAGGCAUCAGCAGGAGGCAUUUUACCUGUGUUGUUAGCCCUCAGCUCCCAGUUGGCAUGGUUUUCAAAGUGUGCCGCUGUCUCUAUGCUUAUGUGUCUUAAAAUGAAAAUGUAUUAGUGUGGAUGUAGCCAUUGAUUGUGUCAGGUGAACUUUCCAGCACUAAUAACAUGAAGCAUUUCGUAGAACUUUGAUAGAUAGCUGUGAAGUCUACUUUCAGUCACAUUUUUUAGGGUUUUACUUCUCUUAAUACACACAUGGUCUGGUUAGAAAUUGAUUACAGUUCAUAAAUGUAAGUCUGUCGUCUUAUUUGAAAUAUAAGGUGACAGAAAAAAAUGAAACACAUACAAACAGAGGGUUUCGUGGCCAGACCUGAAAAUGACUGUACAAUAUCUGUUAAAGCAGCAGGUUACUGAUAGUGUUAACAUAAAUGACAUGAUUAUAUAAAGUAAUUUCAACAAACUUUCUAUGGCUCUGUGAAGCAGUGGCAUAUGACAACAACUUUUUUUUAAAUUGAAAUGAAAGCUCUGUAUUGUACACAUUUACAUAUGACAAGAUCAGAGUACGAGAGUAUAAAAUAUCAAUUGUUUUUUACAGUGUGAAUCAGAACAUGAAUGUGACUGUACUUUAAGCUUAUAAUUCAACACAAGAACACAUGUAGUGCCUCUCCAGGAAGUUAUUUAUGGUACCAGUGCACAUGGUGCACACAGGGGUACAUAUGAUUCCACUGGUACAUGCUGUUCUCUUGUCAUGAAGCUCUUUUGUGAAAAGGUUAAAGUAUUAUCUUCAGCCAGCAGGUGGUGCCUGAUAACUCCCAUAAUCAUGAAGAAUAAUCAACAAAUGUGAUAAAAGGAGGGGAUCUGUGAGUGGUUCCUCAUUUUUUUAUACGGGUUAUAAGACAUCUAAAACAGGCAAUUCUAUUUAUAGCAACAUCUGCCUUCCUACUUUAGCCUCAUGUAGACAUGUUGUGUAGACCAGUUACCCCACAGUGACAUCCUGUGUGAUCUGACACUGAUUGAGAGACAACAGCAACCACAUGUUCAGGCUGCAUAUUAAAGACAGUGUGAAUAAACACCCCAGUUGAUUUGUUAAUGGUGAGUUCUAUUUUUCAGUUCAUUUAAUGGGGAGUGAUUCCAUUCAUUUCUCAAAACAACAAAAGGGAGCAUGAUGGCCACGUGGAGACAUAUGUUUAAUGUAGGAAUGUUUCCAGGUGUCAUAAGGCAGACCCUCAUGGGAGGUUUCACUGUUAAUUUUUUUUCUUUUACCAUGACGUCAUCCUUAAAUUUUAUUUCCACAAGUACGUGUUUAGCUUAAAAUAUGGGUAAGAAAUGAAUCAUGUUUGUCCAGCAAUGCAAUAAAAAAACAGCCUU